AGAAAGGAGGCGGCGCGGCGGUGGCGCUGCGGAGACCCGGUCCGGACGCCAGGCGGCCGCCGGCGUGCACCGCGCUUCCUAGCUCCCUCUCCGGAGUGCACUGCCCGCCUCCCCGCCCGGCGCCGGCAGCCCCAGGCUCGCUCUUCCUCCCCGAGACGCGCUCCCGGAGACCGCGGCGUGGGGGUCGCGAGGCGCUGUCCUCUCCUCGCCUGGCGCCCCAUGCGCGCUCCUUUUGCCCGGACUGUCGCCGCCGCCUCCCGGGGCUGAGCCGUCCGCCUCGUCGCCUCCUACCUGGUGACCUAGGCGAAACCCAGCUGGUUGUGCGCUGACGCCGGUCGCCUCUGCUGAGUGGAAACAAAAUGUCAGUCAGCGUACAUGAGAACCGCAAGUCCCGGGCCAGCAGCGGCUCCAUUAACAUCUAUCUGUUUCACAAGUCUUCCUAUGCCGACAGUGUCCUCACACACUUGAACCUUUUACGCCAGCAGCGACUCUUCACGGAUGUCCUUCUCCACGCUGGGAACAGGACCUUCCCCUGUCACCGGGCAGUGCUGGCCGCGUGCAGCCGCUACUUUGAAGCCAUGUUCAGCGGUGGCCUGAAAGAGAGCCAGGACAGUGAAGUCAACUUCGACAACUCCAUCCACCCUGAAGUUUUAGAGCUGCUUCUGGACUACGCGUACUCCUCCCGGGUCAUCAUUAAUGAAGAAAAUGCAGAAUCGCUCCUGGAAGCUGGUGACAUGCUGGAGUUUCAGGACAUCCGUGAUGCAUGCGCAGAGUUCCUAGAAAAGAAUCUGCACCCCACCAACUGUCUGGGCAUGCUGCUGCUCUCCGAUGCGCACCAGUGCACGAAGCUGUACGAACUCUCCUGGAGAAUGUGUCUCAGCAACUUCCAAACCAUCAGGAAGAACGAAGAUUUCCUCCAGCUGCCCCAGGACAUGGUGGUGCAGCUCUUGUCCAGUGAAGAGCUGGAGACGGAAGAUGAAAGGCUUGUGUACGAGUCUGCAAUUAACUGGAUCAGCUAUGACCUGAAGAAACGCUAUUGCUACCUCCCAGAGCUGUUGCAGACUGUGAGGCUGGCCCUCCUGCCAGCUAUUUAUCUCAUGGAGAACGUGGCCAUGGAGGAGCUCAUCACCAAACAGAGAAAGAGCAAGGAGAUUGUGGAGGAGGCCAUCAGGUGCAAACUGAAAAUCCUGCAGAACGACGGCGUGGUGACCAGCCUCUGCGCCCGGCCUCGGAAAACUGGCCAUGCCCUUUUCCUCUUGGGAGGCCAGACCUUCAUGUGUGACAAGCUGUACCUGGUAGACCAGAAGGCCAAAGAAAUAAUCCCCAAGGCUGACAUCCCCAGCCCGAGAAAAGAGUUCAGUGCAUGUGCAAUCGGCUGCAAAGUGUACAUUACUGGGGGGCGGGGGUCUGAAAAUGGAGUCUCGAAAGAUGUCUGGGUUUAUGAUACCCUACAUGAGGAGUGGUCCAAAGCUGCCCCCAUGUUGGUGGCCAGGUUUGGCCACGGCUCUGCUGAACUGAAGCACUGCCUGUAUGUGGUUGGGGGGCACACGGCUGCAACUGGCUGUCUCCCAGCCUCCCCCUCAGUCUCUCUAAAGCAGGUGGAACACUAUGACCCCACAACCAACAAAUGGACCAUGGUGGCCCCACUCCGAGAAGGCGUUAGCAACGCCGCAGUAGUGAGUGCCAAACUCAAGCUGUUUGCUUUCGGAGGUACCAGCGUCAGUCAUGACAAGCUCCCUAAGGUUCAGUGUUAUGAUCAGUGUGAAAACAGGUGGACGGUCCCCGCCACCUGUCCCCAGCCCUGGCGUUACACAGCAGCCGCUGUGCUGGGUAACCAGAUUUUUAUUAUGGGGGGAGAUACAGAGUUCUCCGCCUGCUCUGCUUACAAAUUCAACAGUGAGACUUAUCAGUGGACCAAGGUGGGAGACGUGACGGCCAAGCGCAUGAGCUGCCACGCUGUGGCCUCCGGAAACAAGCUCUAUGUGGUUGGAGGCUACUUUGGCAUUCAGCGAUGCAAGACUUUGGACUGCUAUGAUCCAACCUUAGAUGUGUGGAACAGCAUAACCACGGUUCCAUACUCGCUGAUUCCUACUGCGUUUGUCAGCACCUGGAAACAUCUACCUUCUUAGAUGCAGGACAGCAUAAAGAACAUGAGUGUGAGCUCACUCCAUCACUUGGCGAGACACAGCGAGAUUUCGACUUUGGAGAGGCCAAAUUUAAUGAAGAGGAAGAAAAGAAAAAGGAAACGAAGUUGCUACAAGACUCAAUUACAAUCCACUGCACCUUGUAAAUGCUCUAACUGGACAUGAAGGAGGGGGUGGGGGGGAUUUUCAGUGCUAGUAGCACAUGGUUUAAAUAUGAAUGAAUGAACCUGUGAUCUAGUCCUUGUCUUGUAAUUGUGGAUUAAUGUCAGCGUUAAUCAGCCCCUCAAAGGGAGAGAAAAGCCGGCCCUUUUCCCUUGCUGUACCAUAUUCAGCAUUUGAUUUCCAUGGGCUCCACCAUUUAUGUGUAACAUUUGAAAUGGUUGUCACCUCUCUCCGAGGAACAGGCUUGAAGCCUCCGCACCAGCUGCUGUUGGAGAUUGAAAGCCCGACUGUGGGGCCAGGAGGGGAGCUGGCUUCGCUGGCUGCGGAGCGAGGACCCCUGGACUCUCCACUAAUCUUUGAGGGGCCAUGCUCCCCGGGAAGGUUCUGAACAAUGGGGACAUUGUCGGUAGGCGCUCGGUAGAUGUUCUUUUCUAUUUAUAAGUGACUUUAAAUUUUCCCUUGGCUGUUAAGAAAUUGGUUAUAGAUUUAGCUAUUUAUUGUUUGAUGCCUGCAUGCUGAAACAAUGCUUAAGAUUGUCUUCACGUGUAUGGAUGUGUGUGAAUGGCUGUAUGUUUUGCACAAUCUUGUGGCUGUCGUGAAGUGCGUUGCUGCACAAAAAUGAAAACUUGGGAGCUAUAAUUUGGAGUUAACUGGAGGGUGGGUUGGGAAGGAGGGGAUUUUGUAAAUGUCAAGGCAGGGAAGGAGUAUAAGACAAAAACAAAUUACAUCGUAGAGGUAGAGAAAGCAUGGAGGUCACUUUUCUUAGACUCACUAACUUUUAAUGGGGUUUCAUGGGCUCCGGUCAUGCUGAUGGCUCAUGGGCUGAGAGGGAAGCUUUGUUCUACUGCUCCUUCCCAUCCGAUUCACCUGCUUCAAUCUCAGCUACUGAAAUUGGGAGAGGACCAAGUCACCUUGCAGUUUUUUUCGUCGUGUAAUAUCCUGAAAUCCUGGAAAAUUCUAUGGAAUAGUUUUGUAUAUAGGGCACAGGGAAAGUCAUUGCCCCCAAGUUUAUUUAUUUAUCUAUUUAUUACCCUGUGAAAAUGCUUUGCCACAACCACGGUUAACAGGAAAAGACUGAACUGUCACAGACAUAAAUUAGUUCACUCACCAGAUUGGCUUGAUCUGGAUUCAUUGUUCUCUCUUCUUGCCAUAUGAUGUAGCAGUGUUAGAAGUUCUUCAAGACGACAUCCACAUUGGUACAAAGUCUUGGUACAAAGUAGACUUUCGCAGAUGACAUUCACAUUGGAACAAAGUAGACUUUAGCACUCACCCUUAGGUAAGUCUCUAAAAGAACUCUUUGGUGUGUAAAAGUGACAUUUAGCAGGGAAACACCAAAGAAUUAUAAGCAGUGACCCCCACUGAGAGGUUUUCCGGGAUAGGUGGAAAUCUGUUGUGAAUACAUUCUUUGCUCGUUUGAGUGUUUGUUUACUAACCGUUUGCCUUGGUAGGUAUUAGUGCCGGACUCCAUUAGGCGCUUCCUCAGGGGGGUCUGGGGAAGGCCAGGGUUUGCAAGUCAGCACCGCUUUCAUCCAUGUUGCUCACAUUACCGUAGUUUAGAAAAUAGGACUUAGGACUGAUAACACCCUUUUGCAUUGUGAGUGCAUUUGUAUUGUCUAGUGACAGAUAAAUCCUUAACAUUUCUCUUUACCUGAAUGCUUUAGACUAAUUGUACAUGUCUGUUCGUGCCAUGAAUAAGUGGGUAUCAUCGGACCAAAAUAAAUGAGCCGUCAGAAUAAAAGCAUCCUAGUACUUUUCCAGCAGUCAGCCCGUCGCUCCUCGAUGCAUUCUGAGCAAUGCAAAUGUCUAAUUGCACCCUGGCAGCAUGGCGGUGGCGUCCUAGCGUGGCUCUUACUGCUCUCUGGUUUAUGAUGCAAAUCUGCCGAGAUAUGUGUGUCACUGCGUGACUUCUAAAAGCGGGAUGAAUUUUCUGCAGCUGUUUCAAAGUUGUGGUCUGUCCUUGAAUCCUCUAUUAAUUACUGUGUGUGAGCCAGAGGGAGCCGUGGUCAGGGUGGGCCCCCAGCCUGCAGGGAACUUUCUGGACUCCUGCUCUUUGAAUUGAUGGAGGCAUUUGGGCUCACUACUUGACCAUUCUCACCCUGUGAAACGUCUCCCACUUUGAAGCAAAUACAAUUCACAGCACAGUGCACACAAAAACCUUGGCAUAAGACAGAGAAGGUUCUUCUUAUUCUGUGGACUGGUUGCUGUGGAAACAGAUAACAAAGGGCAGCCUUCCACUUCUGGUAUAAUUGUGUAGCCCCCUUUUCUCUGGGCUUGACACCUGUCUGAAUAAGAGUGAUUAGAGCUGAAUAAUAUCCCUCUCUUGGCUAUUGAAUAUGUGAUUCACGUACAAAACUCCGUGUAAGUUGAAGUGAAGUGUUCGUGUUCAUAUGUGCUUGGUCGCUACUACUACAUUUUUGAGGUUUUGUAAAACUGUUAUUUUUUUUCACAAUGUGAAACUGAAGGUCAAAUAAAUUAUUAGAGUUUUUCUCUUCA